AAUACAAAUAUGAAAUAAUAAUGGGGUGGGGUGUAUAAAUAGGGCAACAACCAAUUCAUUACAAGAACAACACAAACCUCAUGGCAUCCACUCUCCUCAUUUUUCUCUUCACUCUCCUCAUCAAAGGUUACGGUCAGUGUGAAUUAAAAGACAUAACCGUCGGAACAGAAAGGACUUCGAUACAAAUAGAAGGUAAACAAGAAUGGAACGUGAGUUUUAUAAACAGUUGCAAAUGUCCUCAACAAAGCCUUACGGUUUCUUGCAACGGUUUCCAAUCUGUCGAGAAAGUUGAUCCAAACAUCUUUGCACCCGUAGCGAAUAACAAUUGCAUCGUUAACGGAGGCCGCCCGAUUGCAGCUUUUGCGACGGUCUGGUUUCUUUAUGCUUGGGACCCUCCUUUCAUUUUUGUGCCUGUUUCUUCUCAAGUCAAUUGUUGAGGGGCUUUUAAGUAAUUUUGCAAAUUAAUUGGUUUAAUAAUUGAUCAAUUAAAAAUAGUUUUUGAUUUUAAAUUUAAUCAAUUAUAUGAUUUUCUCAAUCUUCUAGAUGGAGUUUUGUGAUCCCGAUGUCUUAUCGAUUUAUUUUUCUCUU